GAGCGGGGGGGAAAACUCCCUGCCUUCGCCCUCACUGCCCGCAGAAAGUGCCCCGCUCCCUUCGCCCUGGAGGAGUCCCCCCACCCGGCGCCAUGAAUGUCUUCCGCAUCCUGGGGGACAUCUCCCACUUGCUGGCCAUCAUCAUCCUCCUGCUGAAGAUCCAGAAGUCCAAGUCCUGCGCUGGUAUCUCUGGGAAGAGUCAGAUUCUUUUCGCUCUUGUCUUCACAACCCGCUAUCUCGACCUGUUUACCACCUUCAUCUCUGCCUAUAACACCGUGAUGAAGGUCAUUUUUUUGCUAUGUGCCUACGUCACCGUGUACAUGAUCUACGUGAAAUUCCGGAAAACAUUUGACAGCGAGAAUGACUCCUUUCGCCUUGAGUUUCUACUGGUCCCUGUCACAGGCCUGUCAUUUCUGGAGAACCACAGCUUCACCCCCUUGGAGAUACUCUGGACCUUCUCCAUCUACCUGGAGUCCGUGGCUAUCCUUCCUCAGCUCUUUAUGAUCAGCAAGACAGGGGAAGCAGAGACCAUCACGACACACUACCUUUUCUUCCUGGGCCUCUACCGUGCUCUCUACAUUGCCAACUGGGUCUGGCGCUACUACACAGAGAAUUUCUACGACCAGAUCGCUGUAGUUUCCGGGGUGGUACAAACCAUCUUCUACUGUGACUUCUUCUAUCUCUAUGUAACCAAAGUCCUAAAAGGGAAGAAGCUGAGUCUUCCCAUGCCUGUUUGAAGACGUUUCCACAGACAACGCAAGAAACUCCAAAGAUGAAGCUCCUAAGAUCACAGCUUUCCUUUCCUGGCCCUUUUUGACUAACAGAUGGCUCAGCUGCCAGGAAGACAGUGAGGCCUGGAAAGCUGGUGUGCUUUCCAUCUGAAUGAGACUUUCCCUAAUUUUUUUUUUUUUGUUAUUUCUUACUUGAAUUUGGCGCUAGUAAGUAGUGCUGGCCAAUAGUGAAGUAGUGCAAAUUAUUCUCUCCCGGCUCUUCCCAGCAUCUACCUCCAAAACACGCCUCCACCUUGACCCUGAGGCAGCACAAGGAGUGUAAGGGAAACUGUCACUACCUUUAGUCCUUCAGUCCUUUAACAAGUGCCUA